GGUCUUCUACAUUAAUUUCAUUUCCCAACCAUGUGUAAAAGUUGAGAAACAUUCUGACACUUCGUAUUGCUUUGUGUUUGUAUACAUCAAUAACAAUUGUUAAUCAUUUAAGGAGAAGAAAUUUCGAAAAUGAAUAAGUUUGAAAAUAGAAAUUUUGAGGAUUCAAAACCUAGCGAUUUUGAUGAUAAUCAUUCUAAUGACAUGGAACCCAAUCCUUGUCCAGAGUUUCGGUUUCCAAAAAAGAGAAUGGAGAAAGAGAAGAAAAAGGCGUAUUCUUAUCUUACUCUUCAACAGCGUCAAGAAGUACUGAAUAUUUUUGUAUCUUGUAAAGAGAAAGGUGAAAGACUAAAUUACACGGCUAUUGCUGAACAGUUUAACGUCUCUAGAAAAACAAUUUCCCGAAUGCACAAUUCAAAGAAUAACUGGACACAAAAAUUGGAAAAGACAAAGGAUCUCCCAUCUUUCGAAAAAAGAAAAAGGGUGCCUACUACAAGGGAUCUUGACGAAAGUCUGUACGAUUGGUGUAAGCAGAAAAGGAUGGCUGGAGAGACAAUCUCAGGUACUGUUUUGAAAGAAAAGGGGUUACUUGUAAAUGAGAUAGUCAACGGGAAAUCAGACUUUAAGGCUAGUGACGGGUGGUUGAGUAGGUUUAAAAGAAGAUACCAAAUAAGAAACGGCUGUAUUCAGGAAGAAAAAGGGUCUGCGGAAGUUUCAGCUAGUGCGGAAUUUGUCAAGAAGCUCCGUUUAAUAAUGGUCAACCAAAACUUGAAACCACAUCAAGUUUAUAACGCUAAGGAGAUGGGGUGUUACUGGAGGUCACUGCCAGAAACCACAUUCGUUGAUAAAUUUGAGAAAGACACAGGCUUCAAAGCUUCAAAACAGCGAGUAACUGUUAUGGUCGCAGCAAAUGCCGACGGCAGUCACAAGGUGCCUUUGUUUGUCAUCGGGCCGACAAAUGUUCUUUCGUGUUUUAAAACGUUUAAUAUGGACCAGUUACCAGUCAAAUACGCUGGACAGAGAAAUUGUUGGAUGACUAAAGACCUUUUUAGACAUUGGUAUACCAAAGUUUUUCUUCCAUCGGUUCAGAAACAUCAACAGGAAAAAGAUAACUACAAAGUCUUGCUAAUUCUUGAUAGUGCGAAAUGCCAUCUACUGAAAGGAGAAAUUGAUUCCAUAAAUGAGUCGUGUAGUGUUGAAUUUUUCCCUUUAGAUGUGAAUUCGCUAGUUCAACCCAUGGAGCAAGGAGUAAUAGAGGAGCUGAAAAGAGUUUAUCGCGUAAGUUUAUUACGCGAAAUGCUUUUAGAAAGAGACGAAGAAUGUAUAAAGAAUUUUAUACUCAGUCGGAAUAUGAAGAACUUCUGUAUACAAAUUGCAAGUUCUUGGAAUAAAAUUUCUGCAGAUAACAUCAGUCAAGCUUGGAGAAAAUUAAUUGAACACGAUUGCCAUAUAAACAUUUCGACUGCGAGAAACGAGUCAUUUGAUGAUUUUCUCAACAUUUUAGAUAGAAUACCAGGAUUUGAAAAUUGCAGAGAAGAGGAAAUAGACACGUGGUUGAGGGUGGACAGACAUUUACUUGGCUAUCAAUCAUCCAAUGUAAACGAAAAUUUACACAUAAUCCAUAAUUUACCGCAUAAUGUGGCUUCACUGUCAGAAGAGUACUUCGAAGACAAUGAUUAUCAGGAUGAUCGAGAUCAGAAAGAUGAAGAAGACGAUAACAACACCGUUGAUGAAGCAUUAAAAGCAUACAUGGGCUUCAAAAUAUUUCGAAAGUGGAUGGAAAAGAGAUGGGAGUGUCUGUCUUCUGAUCACAUUCAGAUGCAACGGCAGGAAGAAUUAACAAAAGAUAUUGUAUCACACUUGCUAUCACUGGAAAUGACUGAACAUUCUUAAAACAAAACCCGUACAAAAAUAUGACAAAAAUUUAAUAAUUUAAUGUAAAAAGUGUAUAACUUUAUGUACUUGUAAGUUUCAAAUAAAAGAAUUAAUUGUAUUUUCAAGUAA